GCAUCUACCUCAUGUGCACAUUGUUUUGUUGUCACGUCAUUGUGUUUACGGACGUUACGAAUCCAAAAUUAUAAACGAAAGUGAAUCAGCUCAUGUCAAAGCGCACAAAGUGCGCGUCCGAGCGUGGAUCCUGGCCCUGAUUCCCAUCGGUGACGAUUGUUCGUCACGGGACAACCAAUUAAAGUGUUUACUAGUGUUUAAGUUAGCUGUGGGGUCUAGAGGUUUAAGAUAUACUGGUUAACCGCAGACGAUCGCUCGCCUAUGGUCAGUCCGUGGAAUAAUUGCUAGACCCAUAGUCCUCCUGCCUCUGGUGUCAGUGUAUGCGAGCCUGGGCUCUGUCACCGUAGCUUCGGCAUUCCGCGAAACCAUUAGGUAGUAAAAUAAGAAAGUGAGAUAACAGAAGACGUGGAUGGAUCAAUAUCAGGAUGAGGAUGGCGGGAGCACUCGCGUCGCGGAGGCGGCGUUCCGGACCGUGCCGCGCGACCACACCGCCUUCAUCAUAUGGAGGGUCGCGGAAUCGGGCACGGAAAUGCUUCCGAGGAACCACUACGGUACCUUCUACGAUGGAGAAGCCUAUUUAGUGUACUCCUCGUCUAUGCCUGGCCAGCCAGCAGGCCCGGAUGUUAUUCGCAAAGAAGUUAAAGAGAACGGCAAUACGGAAUGCGCCGAACGCCACAUCCAUGCAUGGGCUGGCGAGCGUUGCGGCGCCCUAGCAGCCUUGGCGCUCCGCCGUGGGACUCAGCUAGCUUCCUACCUGGCCGUGCCCACUGUCAUACACCGAGAGGCCGCCACCAGGGAGUCCCCCAGGCUAUUGUCGUACUUCCGUGAUGGGAUCAGAAUCCUGCGAAGCGGCUGUAACCUAAAUGGCGGGGCGCGUCUUUACCGAGUGCGCGGGCGCCGCCCCGUGCUCGUCCAACUGGACCCGGUGUCAUGGUCACAGCUAGCCGCCGAUGGAGUCUUCGUGCUCGACACCGCCUCGCUACUAGUGCUGUGGCUCGGCCGCGCGGCUAACUUGAUCGAGAAGAUGUUUGGUGCUAAGAUCGCAUACCGCAUGGCCCGGGGCGCCGACAAGGGCAUGACAGCUCGUCGCAUCGCCAUCGCGCACGACGGCUACGAGCAGACGCUCCCGCCCGCCGACCGCGCGCUGCUGGACGCGCUGCUCGAGCUGCGCGCGCGCUCCGUGCGGCCCGCCACGCCGCCUGCGGAUCCGCCGCGCCCCGCGAGGCUGUAUCGUGCUACGCAGCCGCCGCGCGUCGCGCCCAUCACCGCUCCGUCGCAGCGGCCGGCGGCGAGGCUUGAGGAGGUCAAGCGGGCGCCACUGUUUAGGGAGGAUUUGGCUGAUGACGGAGUUUACAUCGUGGACGCCGGUAGCCGUGGCGUCUGGGCCUGGGUGGGCCCGUCAGCGGGCGCCUCCGCGAGCCGCGGGGCCCUCGCCGCGGCCCGUGGCCUCGCUCGCGCUCGACGCCACGUAGGCCCCGUGUCUGUCACUGCUGCGGGCCGCGAGCCGUUGGAAUUCGCUGCGUUGUUCCACGAUUGGCGCUGGUGCGAUAAACGCCGCGACAAUCGCGUGCGAGUCGCUCGUUCUGCUACAACACGGCUGGAUGCCGUCAGUCUGGCGUCCAAUGCAUGGCUUGCAGCAGAGGCACAGCUUCCGGACGACGGGUCGGGUGUAUUGCGUGUAUGGCGCGUGCAAAAUGGGCUGAUAGAGGUGGAGCGCCCGCAGGCUGCCGUGUUCUACGACCGGGACUGCUACGUCGUGUUGUACACCUACCACGCGCCGACUGGGGACCAGUCCAUACUCUACUACUGGAUGGGUGGCUCUUCGCCAAAUGAUCUGAGGAAUUUGGGUGCUAAAGAAGCUAAAGACCUCUACAAUAAGUUGGGGCGUUUUCCCGUCCAGGCGUGGGUUUAUCAAGGCAAGGAACCAGCGCACUUCUUGCAAAUUUUCAAGGGACGUAUGAUCACUUAUGUCGGCAGCGCUUCAGACUACGAUCCUAUGGGCCGUCGAGUGGUGGCCCCGUCCCGCGCGCUCAUCCUCGUGUCGGGGCAGUACGCGCGCGAGGCGCGCGGCGCGGAGGUGCGGCGCGGCGCGCUCGGGCGCGGCGCGUGCUACGUGCUGCGCGAGGGCGCGCGCGUGUGGGUGUGGUGCGCCGCGCACGCCACGGGCGACGAGCGCGAGGUCGCCAAGAACAUGGCCGCGGCCGAGCACACCCUCGUCAUGCAAGGCAAAGAGAAGCCGGACUUCUGGGCGGCCAUCGGAGACCGCCGCGACCUGCUGGUGGCCUCGCCGCUGAAGGAGAUGGAACGCCCGCUGCCGCCGCGCCUGUUCUACGUGUCUUUGGGUGCUCCUGGGCAGUAUUCUUUUGAAGAGAUCAUCUCGUUCAGCCAGUACGACCUGGCGCCGGAGACGGCGGCCCUGCUGGACGCGCACACGAGCGUGUUCGUGUGGCUCGGCGCGCACUGCUGCCAGCGCGCCAAGGACGACGCGCGCGCGCUCGCGGGCGCCUACCUUGCGCAAGAUCCGGCCGCGCGCGACCCCGAGACGCCGGUGAUCGUGCUGAGCCAGGGCCGGGAGCCGCCGCACUACACGGGCUUCUUCCCACACUGGAAACACUCCAUGUGGAAAGGCCAUAAAACAUUCAGCGCCAUCAUCAGCGCCCUUGAAGGCAAGGCGAUCGUGAAGAAUGGCAACAGCGCGCUGCAGAGCGGCAACAGCGCCAACCGCUUCGACCAGCACGAGAAGUACCCACUGGCGGUGCUGUGCGGGCCUAAGGACCAUCUGCCUUCUGAUGUCGACCCGCUGGCUAAAGAGCUUUACCUGACGCACGACGACUUCGUGUCCGCGUUCCACAUGCCGUACACCGAGUUCCGCGCGCUGCCCGGCUGGAAGCAGAAGGACCUCAAGAAAUCCGUCGGCCUAUUCUGAGUGCACGGUUCUGGCCGCAUAGCCAAAAUGCCAAUCGCUUACGCUCCGUAGCGAUCGAAACGCAAUAAUCACUGACGCACUAAUAUGGAAGAGUGAUAGAGAUACAAAGCGUUUCGUUGUCGAAGCUAUAGCCAUUGUAACUUUGGCUGGGCCGGCUGUUCCCACUGGUUAUAGUAUCAAUUCCGUUGUAACACUUGAAUUAAUUCUUAUUGAAUAUAUAUUAUUCAUUAGAUACGGCGAUUUGGCCUAAGAAAAUCAACAGCAGCUCUAAAAUACCCUUUAUAAAACCAUGGACCACUAAAGUUAUGGUAUAGUAUGACUUUAGUAAGUGCUGUCAAUAUACAUCAGAAUAUUCCUUGCCUUCAGAUUAUUGGAUAUUAGGAUCCAAAAUGACGAUAUUGAACGUGACAUUUAAAAAGCCAAGCCUUAUCAUGUAUUCCAGAAAAUUUAUAUCGCGUUCAACCUAUCAUCGGAGCUGAUAAUAUAAUAGUGAAUGGGAGCAGAUCCAAACACGCAUUUCAUAUCAGUAUUCACUUAGUCGUAAGCUCACAACAGUAUAGAAGAUUCGCACGACACGGCAACGCCGCCUGUGUGUUCGUUGUAUGGAACCACAUCACUCACAGCUAGAAUAUUGUAUUGUAUUAGUCGUUCACGAUGUUAUUGUUAUCAUUUGUAUAAUCAAAUUGUUGUUAUUGAUUGUUUUAUUGCAAAUUUUAUUAAUGUUGUAUGUAAUUAUUUAUAUUAAGAGUUUUCGAAAUAAAACAAUGAGUUUUUAAA